AUGACGUUUCUGGUUUCGUUUGGUUUUGUUGUGGGUACGAUUUUCACGGUGCAAUGGUUGUGGGGUCUCCUCUCAGUGCAACUUUGCUCUCUUGUGUUGGGAGUUGUUGGUGGUGCUAACUUGGGUCUAGCAGAGGUUGGCGGGACCACAGAUCCGGGUGGUUGUCGAGCCCUUGAUGAUCUUGAGCAAUCUUUUAAAAGACACCCUAUGCUUAUGAAUUCUUUUGGUGAGUGUAGAAUUUGCAUAGCAGAUUUGGUUGAUAAGGUGACGGAGACCAACCUAGAGGGUCUCCCAGGUCUCAUGAUGUGUUCUCUGGAAUGUUUGUGGGCUUGA